AUGCUUGGCAAGACUUCAGUCAUCUUUUGGGUGCUGCUGGACUCGGCGAUUGCCGCCUCGAACCAUGCGCCUACCGCGGUGCUUGGGUCUGGCCUGGUCAUUGGCACCACGACGGUCCUGCCAUCGUCCACGGCUACCGUUAAGAAGUUCCUCAGCAUUCCGUACGCCGUCACGCCACCGAAGCGCUUCCUGCCGCCCGAGCCUCUCUUCCGCUACGAUGGACCCGUGAACGCCACUCAGUCCCUCCGUUAUGCAUCCAGCAAAAUUAUGAAAGCUCACGAAACCCCGGAGCAAGUGGCCGCCGAGAGCGAGGACUGCCUGUACUUGAAUGUUUACGCCCCGGCCCGGCCUAGCUGCAAGGGCGGCAGAGCCGUCAUGUUCUGGAUCCAUGGUGGCGAUUUGACGUCCGGUACCAGCUCGGCCUUUGACGGCACAAGCUUCGCUGCCAACCAGGACGUUGUGGUCGUAACAAUGAACUAUCGUGUGAAUGUCUUCGGCUUCUCCAACGCGCCCAAUCUACCGCUCGAGUCCCGCAACGUCGGUUUUCUGGACCAGAGAACGGCGCUAGCCUGGGUGCAGAGGAACAUUGCAGCAUUCGGCGGCGACCCGCGGAAAGUGACCAUAUUCGGCGAGUCCUCCGGCGCGUCGUCCAUCGACCGGCUGUUAACCACGAUGCGGGACGACCCGCUGCCCUUCCGCGCAGCCAUCCUCCAGAGCGGCCAGGCGACCGUGAGCCCGUUCCCCAACGACGGCGGACCCGCGGCUUGGAAAGAGCUCGUGUCCGCCCUGAACUGCACAUCGUCGUCUUCGGGUGCGGACGCGGCCGCCGGCGAGCGCGAGGAGUUUGCGUGCGUUCAGAGUGCGGAUGCCUUCGCCAUCAGGGCCAUUCUGAACUCGGCCGCGCUGGAUUUUGGCCCUGUCAACGACAACGUCACGCAGCGGGCCACGCCGUUUCCGGAUGCGAGACACGCCGCCCGGGUGCCGCUCCUCAUCGGCAGCAACGGGCAGGAGGGCAUGAAUCUAGGGCCGUCGUAUGGGAUCACCAACUUCUCGUCUGUCACAGAACCGGUCUUGGACCAGUUCUUGACCGUGAUAACGGCUGCGUACCCUUGGUACAACUUGUUCGAAGCGGGAGCCCAGCUGUACACGGAGGUCGUGUACCAAUGUCCGGCCAAGAUUGUGGCAGAGGCCUCUGUCCGAGACAGCAUCCCGACAUGGCGAUACUACUACAACGCUACCAUUCCGAAUCUUCAGCCUGAAGGAUAUCCGACUCUCGGUGCUUUUCACGGUGCGGACUUGGAUAUGGUGUUUGGCACCUACCCUGCUGCAAACGCGACAGAGCAGGAGAUUGCGUUGAGUGCGUUCUUGCAGACGGCUUGGGCGACCUUCGCGAAGGACCCAGUGCGUGGUCCGGGAUGGAAGGCACUGGACACGUCCAGCAACGAGCUUGCUUGCUUAGGGUGUAGAGGGAGCACUGGCGUUCAGAUGAUAUCUGCGAACGUGACUGAUGCAAGGUGCUCACAGUAUGCUCCGCUAUUCACGGCGUCUACGCCGUAUUUCUGA